AUGACGAUCGGCGCGCACGGCGACGUGCGGCUGCGACUGCGCCCGGAUUGGCACGCGGAGAGCGCGGCGUACGUCGCGGCGCUCGCGGCGGACGCGCGCGCGUGCGAGGACGCGUGCGAGGUGUACCGCGUGGAGCCGGGAUUCUUGGUGCAGGGAACUUUAAAGAGCGCGUCGGCGGCGAGCAACACGAAGACGAAGGAGGGGCCGAGGUUGAUGCGACGAGGCGACGUCGGGUGGGCGGGCGAGGGACCGGGACCGGAUUUUUUCGUGUACGUGGGCGCGAAGCCGGCGGCGCACUUCGGGAGGCGACACACGGUGUUCGCGGAGGUGGCGGACGAGACGUCGAUGGCGACGCUGGAGCGCGUGGCGAACGCGCCGAGCUCGACGCCGGGCGGGACGGGGACGAUGCGGUUCAUCGAUGAGCGCCCGCGGAUUACGCUUCGCGACGCGCGGUCGAAAGGCGCGGCGCGCGCGUAG